AUGCCUGGGACAUUCAAUUGCUCCUGUACUGCUGGUUAUGAUUUAGACAUGGAUGGAAGAACAUGCAAUGAUGUCGAUGAGUGUGAUGUUCAUUCAGACUCGUGUGAUACGACUAGUGGAGUUUGUACGAACAUGCCUGGGACAUUCAAUUGCUCCUGUACUGUUGGUUAUGAGUUAGACAGGGAUGGAAGAACUUGCAAUACCAAAUGCCCGGAUGCGUUCUGGACCUAUUUCCAAGGAAGUUGCUACAAAUUCCUCGACAAUGAACUCAGCUUUCACCAGGCCUUGUCUACCUGUCAGAGUCUGACCAAUGGACAGUCAUGCCAUGCAGACUUGGUUUCUAUUCAUAGUGCAGAAGAGCAGGAGUUCAUCGCCAGUCUCUGUCUAGAACAUAAUGCCGGCACAUGGUAUUGGAUCGGACUGCAUCAGCCAGACUCUUCUGGUCCAUUUCUUUGGUCUGACGUGACACCAGUCAGCCACACAAACUGGGACUCUAGACUGAGUCAACCAACAAACGGUCACCGAGACUGCGCCGGGACAAACAAGGCAAAAUUUCACUCUAUCGCAUUGGUCAUCGCCGCCAUCGUCGUCGCAAUCGGCGUGAUCGUCGGCGCCGCCAUCGUAGCCCGUGGCGACUAUGGGAGAGACCAUUCCCAGUGCUUGACUGCCGGGGAAGGGGAGCCGUGA